CGUAACUGCUGCCUGCGACCCAGUCCCUCGUCGUCAGCGCCUCUGCUGUUUCUUUGUGCAUUGGGGAUUCACUACGACUAUCUGCGUUUAUACGUGUUCGACCCCAGCUUGAACUGUGAGGGGUGUUGUCUGAGACGUGGACACGAAGCCUCAAAGCCGACUCCUUGCGCAGCCUUGCGAUCCAAACACUACAAGCAUCAACCACCAGCGCCAUGAUUUUCAAUGUAUUCCGGAUAGUAGCAGACUUCUCACAUUUGAUUUCCAAAAUCAUUCUUCUAUGGGCGAUUCACUGGAACCGCAGCGCGGAGGGCGUCUCACUCAUAACACAAGUGCUUUACUUGCUGGUGUUUUGUACGCGGUAUCUUGACCUCUUUCAGUCGCGGCCAUUCGAGGACUUUACACACACAUGGCUGUUCUUGUUUAAGAUCUUUUAUAUCGCGUCGUCAGCCUACACUGUCUUCUUGAUGACUUCCGUAUAUGCAAGGACAAGGGAACGCGAGAAGGCGUGGAAGUUUGGCAUGUACUGCUUAGGGGGUUCAAUCGCGUUAGCCAUCCCUGUGACAGCCAUAUUCCAGCGUGGGCCCAUGACAUCCAGUGGUAAACUCAUGUAUUUGCACGAAUUCAAGUUCAUGGAGAUCCUCUGGGUGUUCUCCGAGAUCCUGGAGUCUGUCUGCGUGCUUCCACAGUUAUUGCUUCUUCGACAGACGACCGUGCCAACCGUCAUCGAUUCAUACUAUCUUGUCUGCCUGGGUUCAUACCGAGCUUUCUAUAUUCUGAACUGGAUACAGCGAGCGGCAGAUAAGGAAGAGCGGCAUUUCGAUCCCAUCUCCGUCCUCUUCGGUAUUAUUCAGACAGCUCUUUACAUUGAUUUUGCGUGGGUAUACUACACCAGACAGCGGGUCAAGCUACGAGCUGGCGGCGUCGUCGAUUCAGAAGAUCUUGCUCGAGGCUGGCUCGUUGGCCGCUUCACCAAACACCACGAUCUUGAUGAAGAGGAGGAGCCAGCUCUUGGGCGGGAUCCUAAUAGAAAUACUCGGAGAAAUAACAAGUGGGGACAAAGGGGAAUCAGUGUAAGUGCUGAUGACGGCGUACAUGACGUGCACGCAGAAGGCGACGAGGCUAGGCAGCCUCUAACGGAUCCCCAAGCCUUUGAAGACGAUUUAACAGAUGACGAGGGUGCACCGCCGGCGAGCUCGCACGCGAAUGUUGGUGAUGGGUCGGAAUGGGCUGACGAAGCGAGCGCGACGAGGAAAUGAGGAUACUAUACGGAAUUCAAAGUAUUGUAUCAUGUUUGUGAUUCUGGGCCACGGUAGAAAUUAUGUUUGCGCGCAAGAACACUCGUAGGUUGGGUCCUUGUGCAAAUGACCCUAUUUAAAUGAACGUGAAAGCCUUAUGACCUCCACAUAUCAAAAGUGCCAGACGACACCAGUA